AUGUGUUUGGUGUUCGUGUGCGACGAGGACGAGAGGGUGAUAUCGAGGCAGCCGGCGCCUGGGGCGUGCCCUUACUGCGGAGGGAUGGUGCAGGCCGCCGACGUCCAGAGCCAGUGGCGUUUCUGUUUCCUGCCGCUCUACUUCAAGACCAAGCGCAAGUACUUCUGCUCUCUGUGCACCAGGCGCCUGGUCGUUCAAUGA